CCUGCGGCCAUAGUUGCAACAACAAUGCCGAAGACGGUGGUCAUCGACGGGCGUGCCCAUAUGCUGGGCCGCCUGGCCUCUGUGGUGGCUAAGCAGAUUCUGAGUGGGCAGCAAAUUGUCGUGGUCCGUGCCGAGGACAUUACCAUCUCGGGCGGCCUUGUGCGGCAGAAGAUGAAGUAUGACCGGUUCCUGCGCAAGCGGAUGAACACCAAUCCCACUCGUGGCCCAUUCCACUUCCGUGCGCCGUCCCGCAUCUUCUGGAGGACAGUGCGCGGCAUGAUUCCACACAAGACGGCGCGCGGUGCUGCCGCCCUGGAGCGCCUCAAGGCGUUUGAGGGCGUCCCGCACCCGUACGACAAGGUAAAGCGCAUGGUGGUGCCAGACGCGCUUAAGGUGUUGCGGCUGCAACACGGCCACCGGUGCUGCAAGCUCGGCGAUCUGUCAGCUGCGGUUGGCUGGAAGCACCAGGCUGCGGUGGCCGAGCUGGAGGAGAAGCGCAAGGCCAAGGCCAAGGCUUUCUACGUGGCCAAAAAGAAGCUGAUUGCGCUGCGGGUGAAGGCCGCUGCUCAGGUUAAGGCGUAAAAACCGCGGCGGGAGUCAGCGAGGAGAGAGCCUUACAAUGUCUGUAAACCCCACAUCGUGUGCA